AUGUCGGGUAUGAAUAAUGGCAGGAUGACAAGUGGGUCCCGGGAGCCUACUAUCCCGGUGAUUAUGUUCAUAUUCGGAGUGGUGGGUAACGUCAUCGCCAUCGUGGUUCUCCGAAAGUCUCGGAAGGAACAGAAGGAAACCACAUUUUACACCCUGGUGUGCGGGCUUGCAGUGACCGACCUUUUGGGAACGCUACUGGCCAGCCCCGUCACCAUCGCCACCUAUGUGCAAGGGAAGUGGCCGGGUGGAGAGUCACUGUGUCAGUACUCCGGCUUCAUCCUUCUCUUCUUCUUUCUAGUCGGCCUCAGCAUUAUCUGUGCUAUGUCCAUAGAGAGAUACCUGGCUAUAAACCAUGCAUAUUUCUACAACCAUUACGUGGACCAAAGACUUGCAGCGUUGACGCUUGCGGGCAUUUACAUUUUUAACGUGAUGUUCUGCGCACUGCCUGCCAUGGGGCUGGGGAAAGUGAAUAAUCAGUUCCCAGGGACGUGGUGCUUCAUCGACUGGCGGACUAACGACUCCACGCACGCCGCCUUCUCCUACAUGUACGCCGGGGUGAGCUCCUUUCUUAUCCUGGCCACGGUGAUAUGCAACGUGCUGGUAUGCGGGGCGCUGAUUAUGAUGCACAAGCGGUUCAUCCGCAGGACAUCGCUGGGUACGGACCAGGGAGGACGCAUAGCGGACCUGAGGCGCAGACGGAGCUUCCAACGCUUGGCCGGCGCAGAGAUCCAGAUGGUGAUUCUGCUCAUCGCUACCUCCGUGGUGGUUCUCAUCUGCUCCAUACCUUUGGUAGUAAGUUGACGCCUUGCAAAAUAAGUAUUGCAAUAUUUUGACUGAUUUUUUAAGGUUGCGCAACAUGUUGGUCUCUCUUUUGUGUCUCUCGUUGUGUGUGCGCAGGAAUGGAUAACGUUCUGGUUGGUGUGGUGUCAUUGUUUGUAACACCUUUACGCAUCAGCAUACGAAUUAAUAAUUGGAGGGAAAGCCCAAAAUGUGCAUUAAAUAAAAUGGUUUAAUAUUUAGUAAAUUAGCUCCUAAUCCAAUGAAGGAUAUUAAUAGGCAUAAUUAUAAUUAAUGAGGUGUUGUUACUAUGUUAACUCUAAUGUCAACUUCUGGUGCUCUUGCCAUUAGAAACAUUUCCUUACUUUGAGAAAAACAAGAACCAAUAAAUAGUAUUGGUCUGUUGAUCAUUUUUGCUUUUAUCUUUAGAUGCCAAAUUCACCAAUAACAUAAGGACUAACUAUAGCAAAACCUUAAAGAAAAGCCCUUGUAUUAAUAAUAUCUUAGACUAAUAUCUAAUUUUAGAGCAUGAAUAACAGGUAUUUGUGAUUUAGCACACUGAUAAGGAAGACAGGCUAAUGCUUUUUGUGUGUGUGUGUGUGUGUGUGUUUGUGUGUGUGUACCUUGAGAAAUGCAACUAUCCAGAUGUCAAUGGUGGCAAUAUCAACUGGACAUUAGAGCAACAACUAGUUAUGUUCAUUGUUGCGGGUUUUGGUUUUUCCGUUUAUAUUUCGAGGUGGCGCUUUGGCGCGUGGGGCACAUCGAUUGGUGUCGCCUCAUUGGUGGGUAUGUGCUGCACCUGUGCAGGCUUGUCCAUCUCGUUGGUCAGUAGGUGUUUCGCCUGUGCUGGCCCAGGUGAUGUUUGGGAGUGGCUGGCCCAGUGCUCCAGUUGGUCUUACAUUUACAUUUUAGUAAUUUUGCAGACACUCUUUUCCAGAGCGACUUACAGUUAGUAAAUGCAUAUAUAGUGAGUGCAUACUGGCCCCCGUGGGAAACGAACCCACAGCCCUGGCGUUGCAAGCGCCAUGCUCUACCCACUGAGCUACAGGGGACUUGAGAGUCACCUUUUGUUGACUCUCCCUAUUUAAGUUCUUAAACAAAGCCUAUUAUCUGGUAUUUCCCUGUUUUGUUUUGAUCUGCUUUCUUUUUACUCCCUAUCUUAAGUUGGUGCAGGGUUUUCUUUUUGUUUUCCAUUCACUAGCCAAAUUUAGUGGGCAUCCAUUGUGGGAAUCUUUUAGGGCACAUUUUCCUAGUUGCUUGUCAACUUUCAGUGGAGACCACCAUGGAUGUCCUUCAGAACCCCUUUUGAACCCCUUUCUGUUUUGGUUGUCAGUGAUUUUCCUUGUUAGUUCCCUUUGUUGUGAGCGACAUUUUGAGUUUGUGUUGUGGGAACGUAAUACCAUCCACUUGUGCUGAUGGGAUCGGUCUGUCUGAGUACUGCUCGGCCAGUGUCAACCAUUUCCACCAAACUCUGUCCUCUGUACAUACUGUAAAACCAAAUGUUUAGGAUCUGAUUGUUUAGGAUCAAUGUACACGAGGAAACAUAGAUAUUAAAACAAAUUAUUCAAAAAAUCAACCUGCAACAAAGCAUGCUGGGAAAUAUGAUAAUGGGCCCCGCCCACGUCUUUUUCACCCAGAAGGUUAACAAAAAUGAAGUCAACACAGUUGAGUAACAACAACACCAUGUGAUUGAAAAUAUUUCUUGAAUCAAGUGCUGUUAAGUGCUGAAAUGUAGGUAAGGUGACAGACAUUCCUUACACUGAUCUGAAUAAAAGGCAAGGAAAGUCACAUUAAUUUGUAAUGACUAAUGCACUCUAAACAGGAUGAUGGGAAAGUAAACACUAGUGUUUAAAAAUGGAACACUUAGGAGAUAAACAGUAGGUGUUUUCCUGAUUGGAAACUGACUGUAAAAAGCUGACUAUCAUGUUUAAUCUUGCAUUCUAAACGCCUGUGUUCAAGAUGAGAACACUUAUUGGCAAAUCUAAACGCCUAAUGUUUACGUUUUAAACACUGACAUUUACGUUAUAAACGUGUCACGUUUUAUGGUUUUACAGUGCAGAGAGUACUAUAAGCCAUCCUGUCCCCAUUCACUGCAUUAGAGUUACAAGAGGGUACUGUAAGGACAGAGUCACUAGAGACAGUACAUUACAUCCUGCACGCUUCAAAAACACUCCACAAAGAAAAUGAGAAAACUAACUGCAGGGCACUGAGGGCAAAAGUUCUGAAGAGGACCAAUGAUAUAUUGUGUUCUAUAAACCAUCCCCAUGAAGCAUUUGAAAGUUACAUGUAAGGACAGAUCCACUAGAGACAGUACAUUACAUCCUGCAAGCUUAAAAAACCCUCCCCUUGAAAAAAAACCCUGAAAAGAUGAACUGAGGGCGUAAGGUCUGAAGAAGACCCAUUGGUCUAUAAUUACAUAUUAUUGUGUUCUAUAUGCUGUCCCCAUGCUCUGAUUGAGAGCUAAGGACAGAGCCACUAGACAGUACAUCCUGUAAGCUUCAAAAACUCCACCAACCAAAAAUGAAAAGACUAGCUGAAAGAGACCCUGUAAGGGCGGCAGGUAGCCUAGCGGUUAAGAGUGUUGGACCAGUAACCGAAAGGUCGCUGGUUUGAAUCCCUGAGCCAGCAAGGUGGAAAAAUCUGCUGUUCUGCCCUUGAGCAAAGCAGUUAACCCCGAAUAACAACUGCUCCCUGGGCGCCGACGACGUGGAAAUCGAUUAAGGCAGCCCCUCGCACCUCUCUGAUUCAGAGGGAUUGGGUUAAACGCGGAAGACACAUUUCGAUUGAAUGCAUUUAGUUGUGCAACUGACUAGGUAUCCCCCUUUCCCUGUAGUUCAAUAAUCAGUGUCUCUGUGUUUUCCCUCCUUCUGUAUUUUCCAAUAACAACCUUAUCAUAUAGGCUAGUCACUAACCUUGUGCCUGACAGUUACUUUCCUUCACUUGUUUUGACAUUGUGAGUCAGAGCCCAGGGGAGAGCCAAUGGCCAGAGACGUUCAUAUGAUUGAUGAUUAACAUGGGGAGUGGGGUUGUGUUUUCAUUUGCUCUUUGCCCAGGCUUCUGUGCCGCUGUCUGCUAGGCUGAUACUAUUGCUCCUAGUACGCUCUACUGCCCAUGCUAUACCCUUAUGCCAACAUUACAACAGCAUGGUCAAAUAGGUUAGAAGUUUUGCUUUCAUAGCAACCAUGAUAGUUUGUUCUGUAUGUAUGUAUAUUUUUUCUUGCACUACAAUAACAUGAGAAAUUAUUAGCUAGGUUUAGGUUAAUGUUAUUCAUGUUUGAACGCUACAUCAAUUGGAUUUAAUUAGAAUAGUUCAACAGGAUUCAAUAGGAAUUCAAUCAUUUUGUACAUUUUAGUCAUUUAGCAGAUGGUCUUAUCCAUAUCCUAUUGAACACACCUAUUGAAGCUUCCAAUGUACAUCCUCCUCAUAAAUACACAGAAUAACCAAUAACCCUUAAACCCUGUCCAUCUCCCUUCCUUCCUCCCUCAGCUGCGGAUUUUUGUAAACCAGCUGUCCAGGUUUGAAUUUGACGCCCGUUCAACUCCCAUAGAGAAGAACCCAGAUCUCCACGCCAUCCGCAUUGCCUCCAUCAACCCCAUCCUCGACCCCUGGAUCUACAUCCUGCUGAGGAAGACCGUUCUACUGAAGCUGGUGGAGAAGAUCAAGUGUCUGUUCUGCAGCUUGGGCAGCCGGGGGCGGGGCUCAGGGGCAUGGGGUCAAUUCUGCUGCGGAGGUGAAGGUCACCUGAAUUCGUCCAUCGUGUCCCAGGACUCCCCAUCGCUAGUGUCCUGCGAGUUGAGGGACGUCAUCAGCACCUCGCAGACAUUUCUUUACCUUCCGGAGGGGACUAGAGGGGGGCAGGGGGGGUUUAGAGGGACAGGGGGCGAGGGAAGACCUAGCCUCCCUGCUGUGGAGCGCUCCCUGCUCCAGGACCAACAGACACCAGCGGGUAUGGGAAUGCAAAAGGAUCCCAAAAAGGGCACUUUAGGACCCAGGAUAUCAAUGAGAUCAGAGGGGACAGUUGACCCUUCACGUCUGAACAGGGUGCCAACGGACCGAAAGGACAAGACUCUACAUGUGACAUUUACAGACGAGACACUGAACUUACAGGAGAAAUGCAUCUGA